AUUUUUUCGACUAUUUUUUAUUGAUUUUUGAAAAGAUAAAUUUGUCCUUUCCGUAUAUAGAGUAAAGUUUUUAAAUUUAGUUCUGUAUUUUUUUAAUAGAGAUACUGUAGUUUAUUUCAUAAUAUGUUUUUUUAAUUAAGUAAAAGAAGAUAGUUAUUCUCUUUAAAUAUUUUAUUAAAUGCUUUAUUCUAUAUUAUUUUCCUCAGAUUUUAACUAUUUUUCUAAAAUGAGAUUUUUUAAAAUUUAGAUUUUUUCACUUUUGCUUUUUUAAUGAUUAAUUUUCAAAUCUAAGAUUUCUUCUAAAUCUUCAGUUUAUAAGGUAUUAAAUUCUUUUUACUUUAUUUUUUCACAGUCAUUAAUUUUUUCGUAUUUUUAUAGAAAAUUAGGAAACAUAAAUUAGUUAUAUUUUAUUAAUUAAGUUUUUAUUUUUUAUAAUCUAUUAGUGAGUAUAUCUUCCCUUUAUUUUAUAUAAUCUUCAAAUUAUUAUUUCAAUAACGGAUUACUCUAUAAUUAUUAUUCUAUGAUUUUCUUUGAUAAAAUUAUUAGUUCACCGCCUUCUACGCUUGUACAAUAUACUGAUUAUUUUCUUUUUUCAUCUGUUAAUAAUUCUAACUCUCCAAAAAUUUCAUAUUU